CCCAAACCAAAUCCUCAUAGCUUCAUUUUACUCUUAACGAUACACACAAAAAAAGCUACAUACCAUAUUACUUUCGAUAUCACUUCAAAUCAUUACUGAUUCUUCAUUCCAUUCUUUCCUUAAAUAUUCUUUCAUCUGUAUAACGUAUUCUUAUUCGUCUAUACAAAUUAAAGCACCUAAAUAUUUCCUGAUUACUUACUAACUGAUAUCCAUGGCUCCUAGUUUGAACAAAGCUGAUGAAAACUUCAAAAUUCUUGUUGAUGGCCCUUUGCAUGGGUCAGCUAUUAGCCUGAAAAAUUCGAAUUUCAUAGUCAAUGACCAAAUUAUCCUCUCUCAAGUCCCAGAUAAUAUUGUUGCAACGCCAUCACCCUACACAACCAAGGACAAACCGGUAACUUCCACUCCCGGUUGCUUUUUGGGCUUUGAGACACCUGAAGCCAAAAGCCACCACGUUGUUUCAAUAGGGAAACUGAAGGACAUAAAAUUCAUGAGUAUUUUCCGGUUCAAAGUCUGGUGGACUACUCACUGGACCGGAACCAACGGACGAGAUUUGGAGCACGAGACCCAAAUGGUCAUUCUUGACAAGUCUGAUUCUUCGGCCCGGCCCUAUGUAUUGCUUCUCCCGCUUAUUGAAGGCCCGUUUCGGGCUUCUCUACAGCCCGGAAAAGAUGACUUUGUCGAUAUUUGUGUCGAAAGCGGGUCCACUAAAGUCACCGGCGACUCGUUUCGGAGUGUACUCUACAUGCAUGCAGGUGAUGAUCCAUACAGCUUGGUUAAAGAUGCAAUUAAAGUUGUCAGGUUUCACCUAGGCACUUUUAAGCUCCUGGAGGAAAAAAAACCCCCAGGAAUUGUGGAUAAGUUUGGUUGGUGCACAUGGGAUGCAUUUUACCUUACGGUGCACCCUCAAGGGGUGUGGGAAGGUGUGAAAGGGUUAGUUGAAGGUGGGUGCCCGCCUGGGCUCGUGUUGAUCGACGAUGGUUGGCAAUCCAUUUGUCACGACGAUGAUCCAAUCACCUCAGAAGGUAUAAACAGAACUUCUGCGGGUGAGCAAAUGCCGUGCAGGCUAAUUAAAUUCCAGGAGAAUUACAAGUUCAGAGAUUAUGUGAGUCCUAAAAGCAUAGGACAGGGUGACCAUAAUAACAAGGGCAUGGGUGCUUUUAUUAAGGACCUAAAGGAGGAGUUCAAGACCGUGGACUUUGUAUAUGUGUGGCAUGCUCUAUGUGGGUAUUGGGGCGGGUUAAGGCCAGGGGUAUCGGGUCUACCCGAAUCCAAGGUUAUUAGGCCUAAGCUAACACCUGGAUUGGAGAAGACAAUGGAAGAUUUGGCAGUUGAUAAAAUAGUGAACAAUGGAAUUGGUUUGGUCCCACCAGAAAUUGUCGAUAAGCUAUAUGAGGGUCUACACUCCCACUUGGAGUCGGUUGGGAUUGACGGAGUCAAAGUUGACGUUAUUCAUUUGCUGGAAAUGCUAUGUGAGGAUUAUGGUGGAAGAGUGGAUUUGGCAAAGGCUUACUAUAAAGCAUUGACAUCUUCAGUGAAAAAACAUUUUAAAGGAAAUGGAGUCAUUGCUAGUAUGGAGCAUUGCAAUGAUUUUAUGUUUCUUGGUACUGAGACUAUUUCCCUUGGUCGUGUGGGAGAUGACUUUUGGUGCACAGAUCCUUCUGGAGACCCAAAUGGUACAUUCUGGCUACAAGGUUGCCACAUGGUCCAUUGUGCUUACAAUAGCUUGUGGAUGGGCAAUUUCAUUCACCCUGAUUGGGACAUGUUUCAGUCCACGCACCCUUGUGCUGAAUUCCACGCCGCGUCUCGAGCCAUCUCUGGUGGUCCUAUUUAUGUUAGUGACUCGGUAGGGCAACACAACUUUGACCUUCUUAAAACUUUGGUUUUGCCUGAUGGUUCAAUCUUGCGUUGCCAACACUACGCACUUCCCACGCGUGACUGCCUAUUUGAAGAUCCACUUCAUAAUGGGAAAACUAUGCUCAAAAUAUGGAACCUAAACAAGUAUAUUGGAGUUGUUGGAGCAUUUAACUGCCAAGGUGGCGGUUGGGACCGUGAGGCAAGACGUAACACCUGCGCUUCUCAAUAUUCCAAGGCCGUAACGUGUUGGGCCGGCCCAAAAGACGUCGAAUGGAAGCAUGGAUCCAGCCCAAUUUACGUGGAAGGAAUUGAAACCUUUGUGCUCUACUCCUUCAAAGAAAAGAAGCUGGUUUUGGCAAAGCCCACAGACACAGUCCAAAUUACUCUCGAGCCCUUCAACUUCGAGCUCUUAACAGUUUCUCCCGUCACUAUUUUGGGUGCCAAAUUGGUUCAAUUCGCUCCGAUCGGGCUCGGGAAUAUGCUCAAUACUGGUGGAGCGAUCCAAUCUAUUGAGCUCGACGACGAAGCUAAUUCAGUUGAAGUUGAAGUAAAGGGCGCGGGCGAAAUGAGGAUCUUUGCUUCUGAAAAGCCAAGAGCUUGUAGGAUCAACGGGGAUGAUGUUCCAUUUGAAUAUGAGGGCUCUAUGGUUGUAACUAAUGUACCAUGGUGCAGUCCUUCUGGUUUAUGUGUCAUUCAGUAUUUGUUUUGAUGCUAGUUACUAACUACUAACUAACUAGUAAAUGUAAUUAAUAUUAGGGGCUUUUCCUAGUUUUUCCGAUUUGCCCCAUUUCUUAUUUCAAGUUAUAUGACUUUAUACAUGUACUCAACUGUUAUGGGCAUGAAAUAUCGUAAGAAAGUUAUUUAUAUUUA